UAGAUAGAUAGAUAGAUAAAAUUAAAAGUACACAUUUCCUAAUCUUUGGUUGCAGACAUAUUUUUCUUGUUUUUAUGUCUUCACAAAAAUUAAAAAAAAAAAACAAAACUUGACACACCGCUUUAAAAUAGUUCCUGAUGAUGCUUCUCCUGACAAGCCUGGUAGCAUUCUUCUGAUAAACGCAGUUCAGCUGAAAACCACACUUCAGAGGAAACAUGGCUGAUCACAGGACAACUUUAUUUUGAACGGCGUUUAUUAUGACUUUAUCUUUAUUCACUAUUUAUUGUCUUUUUAAUUGUUUUAAGUUCAGGCAUUAUCAUGAAUGGAAAGAGAAACUUUAUGACCGACAGGACUUCGACUCUACCUUUAAUUUUUAUCUCAGUGUUUUUCCACUUUACUUUGGGAUCCUUAGAAUUUCACUUUAUUAAUCAAUCCAAGUCCUACAGGGAAGCACAGACUUACUGCAGACAGAGCUACACUGAUUUAGCAACAAUUGAAAAUCCCACAGACAUGAACACUUUGAUAGGUUUGGUUUCAACGACAGCUGACAUGGCCUGGAUAGGACUAGAGAUUGGAAAUGAGUGGAAUUGGCACUGGUCUAGAGCUGAUGAAAGAGACUAUUUUAACUGGGAGACAGAAGAGACACAAGCGUCGACUGAAGAGGAAUGUGCAGCAGUGAGUCAAAAAGGAACCUGGUUAAUGAAGGACUGCGAAGAAGAGCAUAGCUUUGUUUGUCAUGGCUACAGUGAUGCCAGCAGCCACAUGCUUAUUGCUGAGGCUAAAUCCUGGAGGGACGCUCAAAGUCACUGCAGGAGCUUGUCUUCUGAUCUAGUUAGCAUACACUCAGCUGAGGAGAAUACAGCCGUCACAAACCUGCCUACUUCUGAAACUGUGUGGAUUGGCCUCUUCAGAGAUCCCUGGAAAUGGUCAUCUGGGAGUCACUCGUCAUUUCGUUUGUGGAAACCCAAUCAACCUAAAUAUAACGGUCAGGAGUGUGUUGUUGCAGCAUUUAAAGAUGGGGGGCAGUGGAGUAACAGGAACUGUGAAACCAAAUCUCCCUUUAUUUGUCAUAAGGAGCUGGAAUCAACUCCAGCCUCCACCAGAACACAAAACACACAAAGUACACCACAACAACUGCAAACAAACUUGACAACUCCACAACAGAAUGCACCUCAAGCUACAACAGAAACCUUUUAUUUUGAUCAGUUGAACAUAACUAACGUGACUACUUCAGCACCUGAGCACAGCGUUACAGCAUCUCCAACAGGAAUGGGAACUUUAGCUCAAAGUACUAUGCAAUCUAACACUGUGACGUCUCAAAGGAACAGUUCAUUCACAAAUUCAGAAAACCUGAUAUUAAUCGAGAAAAACCUGACCUGGAUUGAAGCUUUGACUUACUGCCAAAAGCAUCAUGUCGACCUCGUCCUCAUCAACAGCAAAGACACUCAGGAUAAAGUGGCUGAAAUAGUUCAAAAUGCCACUUCACAGUACGUCUGGCUGGGUCUGCGCUACAGCUGUACUUUUAAAUUCUGGUUCUGGAUAGAGACAACUCCCAGCUGUUACCAGAACUGGAUGCCAGGCCAAGGGCCUGAAAUGGUGUACGAGUGUGGUGCAAGUGGAGCCGUUGAGGCCACCGGGAGGCAGCAGUGGACCGGUUUAGCAGAGACAGAGAAACUGAACUUCAUCUGCUCAGAAAAUGGUGGAUAAAAACAGGAGAGCAAGGGAUUUCGUAUGUUUUGGCUGAUCUUGCAGUAUAAAAAUAAAAAUCUAUCAUUAUUGUUGCUUAAAUAGUUUUUUUUUUUAUUUCUGGAACAUGUGACAAUAAAAGAACUUCAUCCCUGACCUUUGCUGAACUUUUGUUCAGACUCAAU